AUUUCUCAGACAGAAAAUGAGCAGGGAAGGAGAUUGGAUGUGUGCUGCAUGUCAGCACCUAAAUUUCAAGAAACGGGAUGCAUGCCAACGGUGUAGCUGCCCUAAAUAUGCAACACCGGCUGAUGUUGCCAUGUACGGACUAAACAAAACAGAAGUCAUGGCCGGAGACUGGUAUUGCAGUGCCAUGAACUGUGGUUCUCACAACUAUGCAAGCAGAACAAGCUGCUAUCAAUGCGGUGCCUCAAAAAGUGAUUAUUAUGGUAUUGGGGCAGGUUAUGGAUAUGACGCAAGUGCUUUUCCUGGUUGGAAGAGUGGUGAUUGGAUUUGCAACAGAAUAGGAUGUGGUAUGCACAACUAUGCCAGUAGACCAGAAUGCUAUAAAUGCAAGACACCUAGGGAUUUUGGAAGAGAAAGUGAGUUGUAUUGAGGGAUGCGGCGAUACUAAGUUUUUAUUUAAGAUUUAACCUUCAAAGACCGUUCGUCUUCUUCGUCUUCUGUUUUUCUGUUCUCACUUUUCUUUUCUUCCUUCUUUAGAUUAGUUUCUCAAAGAAGGGUUUAUUUUCAAACUGCAUUGUAACUGUGCAAGUGUUCUAAUGAAUGAAAUUCCUUGACAUUU